AUGGCGUCUUCAACUCUUCGUCUGCUAAUCGGUCUCUCGGUCCUUCUUCUCCUAGCCAUGGCAGCCCAGGCAAGACCCGGCCGCCUUUUCCACCCAUGUAAAACCUUGAUUUUCUUCUCAACCAGCUCCUAUCCCCUCGAUCAAAACCCUAAUUUGUCCCUCGAUGACGAUUCGUCUUCUUCAGGGCGAUCGAUCACCUUCUUCAUCACCGAGAUCCGUCGUUUAAACCCUAGGCCAGUCUCAAUUCCGUCAAUUUACCCAUAUCACAUAUCCCGUCUCAGAGCCGAAAUCGAAGAGGAAACGAUCCCGUCCAUCCAUGGAUCCCGUUCAUUGGAUAUUGAAGCUGCGUUUCGCGAUUUCACGGAAGGAAUCCUGACCGUGUUCCGAUCGCUGCUAUUCGGAGUUGGUUGUGGAGUGCUGACUGCUUCUAUUAUGUACUUGAUCUGGUCACUUUUUACUCCAACCCGGUUCGAUUACCAGGAUUCUGAUGAUGAAUCCGAUUCUGAUGAAGAUGUUUAUGCUUCUGAUCCAAAGAAGAUGGGAUACAUCGCCAUUCCUGCUGCUGGAGCUGUUCCUGUUUCAAAGGAGGUGGUGGUUUAA